UGUCACCAGCAAAAUGGUCACACGUUAUUGCCUAAGGGUCAAUGAUUAAUAGAAGAGGGUUUUAAGACUUGUCCGAUCGGCGCAGAAAACAAACAGAGAAAUCGAAACGGAGAGUGGGGGAAAGAGAAGAUAGUGCACCUAUGAGUUUUUCACACUACGCCAUGGACAGCAACAUGGAUAGCUAUCAGUUCGCUAACAGCUCCACCGCCCCAACUUCCAUUCCGUCGCAAAACUCGGACAGCUUCGGCGAACGCGUUGGAGUCACGGUGUACGUCGGCUUGCUGGCUGUUGUCGGUUUCGUCGGGAACAUCUUGGUGAUUGUCUCGGUGGCCAUAUCGCCCAGGCUCCGGACCACAUCCUACGCCUUCAUCGUCAACCUGAGCGUGGCCGACCUGCUGAUCAACGUCUUCGUCAUUCCCGCCAUCGGUGUUUCCUUCUUCGACUACGGUUGGCCGCAUGACAUAUUCUGGUGCCGCUGGCUGUGCUACCUGUUCCUCCUCUGCGUGGGCGUGUCCCUGCUCACCGUGACGGACAUCGCCGCCAGCCGGUACUGUUUCGUCUCCCGCCCGCGCCAGACCUACCGUAAGUACUUCGGCUGCAAGUCCGUGGCAAUCAUCCUGAUCCACAACUGGUUCGUUGCGCUGCUCUUCAUCUUUAUCCACUCCUGGAGUGGCAUCAGCGGCAUCCAGUACCACCCAGUCCUCCGCUUCUGUUUCCUGAAGGACUCUGGUAACCUGGAGUUCUGGUACAUCAACUUCAUCAUGAUCUACUUCUUGGCAACCUGCUUCGUCCUCAUCCCCUGCCUGUACUGCCUGACUUUCCGGACUCUCUACCUCAGCCAGAGACGCGUGAGGCGUCAAACUGCGCCCAGGAGCCGGGGAUCCUUCGGGCAUUGGCGACAGAUCCUCCACCCGGCCGAAGUCAAACUGACCAAGAUGAUGGCGCUCAUCUUCAUCCUGCUCGUCCUCUGCUUCACUCCCGUCAGCAUCAUGCACUUCUUCAUCGUCGAUCCCAUCUACCAACGUCUUGGAGUCGUACUCCUCCUGACCAACUCGUCCCUCAAUCCUUUCGUGUACGCGUGGCUGAACACACACUUUAAGAAAGCCUACAAACGCAUUUUACUCUGUGGAAAGGGAUACAGGGGCAGGGUGAAACCGCUCGUCGUUUAGGAAAGGACGUGACAAUAAAACGCCUCUCUAAUCCGGUUUGUAAGUGUGACGUCAUUUCAACUUAACCCAU